AUGACACCCGUACAUUUUAGCUUUAGCUCAGCAUUCAUCUUAGGCCUAAUAGGACUGGCAUUUCACCGGACCCACCUACUCUCCGCACUCUUAUGUUUAGAAGGAAUAAUAUUAUCCCUAUUUAUUGCACUGGCCCUAUGAGCCCUACAAUUUGAAUCUACAGGAUUUUCAACAGCCCCCAUAUUACUUUUGGCCUUCUCUGCUUGCGAAGCUAGCACUGGCCUAGCCCUACUAGUUGCCACUGCUCGUACCCACGGCACUGACCGACUACAAAACCUCAAUCUUCUACAAUGCUAA